AUGAGCGGAAUCUUUAUCCUCCGCAAAUUUUCCAUGAAAACUCCUUCUCGGUUUCAUAGGAGCCUCUUCUUUUCCAAAUUUUCCAUCGAUUUAUCACCCGAUUUAGCCCGAAACGCCUUAACUCGUCCCUACUCAAGCUCUAUCUCGAACCAUCCUACCGGAUUCAACAGACCCCACCAGUUAAUUCCUUCUUCCAUAAGGUGUUUGGGCCAAUCGAAGGUUUUACCGAAUUGGGUUUCCGAUCAAACGACAAGUACCGGCGUCUCCGUAAGAGAAUUUUCCACAUCUGUGGAAACCAAUACCAGUGACAAAAGCUUCGAGAAAAUUCAUGUUCAAACUGGUCUAAAUUCGAAUCCAUUGGUCAUUGAAAGGAUACACAAAGACGAAGGCGAAUCAGUUUCCAGAAUUGAGAUUGAGAAAUCUGAAGGUAAAAUUGUAGAAACUGUUGGUGGGAAAGUGAGAGAGGAGAGUGAGGCUGAGAAGGAAGCGUGGAGGAUUUUGGAAGACGCCGUCGUUAGGUAUUGUGGUUCGCCGGUUGGGACGGUGGCGGCAAAUGAUCCCGGAGAUAAGUUGCCUUUGAAUUAUGAUCAAGUCUUUAUAAGAGACUUUGUGCCUUCUGCUUUGGCUUUUUUGCUUAAAGGAGAAGGAGAAAUUGUCAGGAACUUUCUCCUCCAUACAUUACAGCUACAGAGCUGGGAGAAAACGGUAGACUGUUACAGUCCCGGACAGGGGUUGAUGCCUGCAAGUUUCAAAGUCAGAACCGUGGCACUUGAUGAGAACACUACCGAAGAGGUUCUGGAUCCAGAUUUUGGUGAAUCAGCUAUUGGUCGUGUUGCACCUGUGGAUUCGGGUUUGUGGUGGAUUAUUCUCUUAAGGGCAUAUGGAAAGUUGACGGGAGAUUUCUCAUUGCAAGAGAGGAUAGAUGUUCAGACAGGCAUAAAGCUCAUCAUGAACUUGUGUUUAGCAGAUGGAUUUGAUAUGUUUCCAACACUUUUAGUCACAGAUGGAUCUUGCAUGAUUGAUCGUCGAAUGGGUAUCCAUGGCCACCCCCUCGAAAUCCAAUCAUUAUUCUAUUCGGCACUCAGAUGCUCUCGUGAGAUGCUUUCUGUUAAUGACAGCUCCACGAAUCUUGUAAGAGCCAUUAACAACAGAUUAAGUGCUUUGUCCUUUCAUAUCAGAGAAUACUACUGGGUGGACAUAAAAAAGAUCAAUGAGAUAUACCGUUACAAGACAGAAGAGUAUUCCACAGAUGCUACUAACAAGUUCAACAUCUAUCCUGAACAAAUUCCUCCAUGGCUCAUGGAUUGGAUUCCCGAGCAAGGUGGGUAUCUCCUUGGGAACCUACAGCCUGCGCACAUGGAUUUCAGAUUCUUCACUCUCGGGAACUUUUGGUCUGUUGUUUCCUCCUUGAGCACACCAAAGCAGAAUGAAGCUAUAUUGAACUUAAUUGAAGCUAAAUGGGACGAUAUUAUUGGGAGUAUGCCUCUUAAGAUCUGUUAUCCUGCUUUAGAGUAUGAUGAUUGGCGUAUAAUUACUGGGAGCGACCCAAAGAACACGCCUUGGUCGUAUCACAACAGUGGAUCUUGGCCAACGCUUCUUUGGCAGUUCACAUUAGCAUGUAUGAAGAUGGGUAGACCAGAGCUUGCUGAGAAAGCUCUUGCAUUGGCUGAGAAGAGACUUAUGGCAGAUCAUUGGCCAGAGUAUUACGACACCCGAUCUGGGAAAUUCAUUGGAAAACAGUCCCGGCUUUACCAGACAUGGACAGUCGCAGGAUUCUUGACUUCUAAACUCCUCCUGGCAAACCCGGAGAUGGCUUCGCUGUUAUUCUGGGAAGAAGAUUAUGAACUUCUGGAUAUUUGUGUUUGUGGUCUCAGCAAAACUGGCCGGAAAAAAUGCUCCCGAGUUGCUGCCAAGACUCAGAUUCUUGUUCGAUGA